AUGUCCGCCCAAGAUAAGGCUCAGCAGUACCUUGGUCAGCUCGACCGCGAGCUCUCCAAGUACCCCGCCCUCAACAACCUCGAGAAGCAGGCUGGUGUUCCCAAGGCCUAUGCCGCCAUCGGUGUCGGCGCUCUCUACUUCUUCCUCAUUAUCUUCAACCUCGGAGGCCAGCUUCUGACCAACCUCGCUGGUUUCGUCAUCCCCGGCUACUACUCUCUUGGUGCCCUCUUCACUCACAACAAGGAGGAUGAUACUCAGUGGUUGACUUACUGGGUCGUCUUCUCUCUUUUCACUGUGAUUGAGAGCUUCGUCCAGGUCGUCUACUGGUUCCCCUUCUACUACGUCUUCAAGUUUAUCUUCCUCCUCUGGCUCUCUCUCCCUGCCUUCCGGGGCGCUGAGCUCAUCUUCCGAUCUUUCCUGGCCCCUACCCUCGGCCGAUACUUCCAGCAGACUGGCUCGACUGCCUCUGGCCUCCGCGCCAAGGCUGACGGCCUCGACAAGACCGAGUAA